UCAGUAGUAGAUUCUGUACAGGACAAUGAGUCAACGGAAGAGCCAAGUUCAAAUGAGGAAGAGGACGAGGACGAGGAGGCGGUUCUCUCUGUAAAUGAGAAUGAAGAUGUUGAGGAAGAUGAAGAAGACAGAGAGGAAGAUGAGGACGAUGAGCUGCAGGAGCAGUCUCCUCCAAGCGGCCACGGCAAUCUCGCUUCUCAUCUAAGCACGGAGGAAGACCCAGGUAAAAUCGUCAUCGCAUCAGUGCCUCAUUCAAACUCUUUUCUCAAAAAAGAACUGCCUAGAGUCCCUGAUGGCCCCAGUCCUGUGGUUUUAAGAGGGCCUUUUACUAAUCCCGUGGGGUCGCAGCAUAUAGGUAGCAUACACCCGCUUUUGCCCCCUAGCUGUAUAAUAGAAGAACUGCACCGAGCAUUGGCAGCAAAGCUCAGGCAGGACAGCAUUGAACGAGAGCCAAGUGGAGAUGCUGAGAGCAGAAAGGAAGCAGAGGAAAACAAGGAAAAUGUUCGACAGGACCAAUGCUUUACUGAUGCUUCAGGAAUUAUUUACGACGUUGACAGCUGGAACGAGUCUGUCAUUUCUGGCACAUUGUCAAGGAGGAUGAGGAAGGAGCUGCUGGCUGUGAAGCUUCGGAAUCGUCCCAGCAAACAGGAGCUGGAGGACAGGAACAUUUUUCCUGCACGGACCGACCAGGAGAGACAGGAGAUCCGUCAACAGAUUGAAAUGAAGCUUGCUAAGAGACUCAGUCAACGGCCGGCCGUUGAAGAGCUGGAGUGCAGAAAUAUUUUGAAACAGAGGAACGAUCAGACGGAGCAGGAGGAAAGACGAGAGAUCAAACAGAGACUGAACAGAAAGCUCAACCAGAGACCGACAGUCGAUGAACUAAGAGAAAGAAAGAUUCUGAUCCGCUUCAGUGACUACGUGGAGGUGGCCAAAGCCCAGGACUACGACAGGAGAGCUGACAAACCCUGGACAAGACUGUCUGCAGCUGACAAGGCGGCCAUCCGUAAAGAGCUAAACGAGUUCAAAAGCACCGAGAUGGAGGUCCAUGUUUCGAGCAAACACCUAACGAGGUUUCACAGGCCCUAAGAGGGGGUUUUCUUCUGUGAAGAAAAUGCUGAAAGCGGCGUUCGUUAAAAUCCUGGAGGUGCCUCUUUCAGAGCCGUGGCUUCAUCCAUGGGAUUCCCAUAUUCUUCCAGCGCCCUGGGCCGAGUGGUGUUUGGGUGCGGUUAGCUCCACCGCAGGCGGCCACAGGAGAAACCUGAAGAACAUCUGCAGAUACAUUUAACCUGAGGCUGACAGAGUGGAGCGGCAGAGGACUGUUUGAUGUUUUUAGAACUGGACUGCAUUUCAGUGACUGCUAAGAAAAGACGAAUCAGUUCUGGGUAAAUGUUUGUGUACAUGUAACCAGCUCCACUCUGAAAAAACAAGUAAAAAAAAAAAAAAAAAACUUGAGGGUUAAUAAGCCUGCUAUAAAUGAAUUUCAUAUUUACUGUACAAAAGUCUGUUUGAACAGGGUUGUUCAUGUCAUCACUUGAAAAAAAAAAAA